AUGCACCCGGAAGCUCAAUGUGCUACAGCAAUUCAUUGCAUGCAGAUGUUGAAUCUUCAGAGUACCUGCGCUGCGCGGUGUCAUACUGUCGUGGAUUCCCGUUCUGCAGCUACAUGCAGCACGAAUACUGCAAUGGCACCAAAUCUCACUAUAUUGGUCGGGCUCAACGUAUGUCCGGAAACAUAG